AUGAAUUUGGUGUCUCCGAAUGGUGUAUCAUCUGUUGAUUGGGUGAGUGAGUCAUUAGCUUCUCAAAACCAGCCGCAGUUGAAAUGGCACAAGGCCGAUUUCAAUGCACCUAAUGGAAAUGAACCAUUGGCAUUAGACAUGAGCAAUAUGGGAAAGGGUCAAGUAUGGAUCAAUGGACAAAGCAUAGGAAUAUAUUGGAUGGUUUAUGCAAAAGGUAACUGCAAUUCUUGCAACUAUGCCAGAACAUAUCGUCAGGCGAAAUGCCAGAGUAAGAAAAGUGUAAGAGUACUACCACGUCACCUCCUUGAACCCAAAACUCUGUCAAAGUCAAUAUCUUCAAAACGCCAUAUUCGCGCGCAUAAAACAAAUCACACCCAGAAAACUCUAACUUCACAGUCCACGUGUCUCACUUCAAAACCGUUCAACGAAAAAACGUUUCGUUUUUAA